AUGACGACAAUCACAACGACGACGACGACGCUGCUCUCGUUGCUGGCUGGCGUCUGCUUUAUCCGUGCCAACCCGCUGCUGGGACUGGUGGAUCCUGCCUGCUUUGUGGCCAGCAGCGGUGAGUGUCCCAAUCAGAAUGUCACCUUCUGGCUGUACUCCAACGCGACACGCGAUGCGCCCAUCCAGUUGAAUCCCGUCGAUCUCAAUCCCUGGGACUUUCAGCCGCCCCGUCCACUCAAAAUACUGAUUCACGGCUAUACGGGUCAUCGGGAUUUUGCACCCAAUAAUCACAUACGUCCCGCCUUGCUGGACAACGUGGACGUCUAUGUGAUAUCCAUUGACUACGCUCCGCUGGUGCGUUAUCCCUGCUAUGUGCAGGCGGUGCGAAAUCUGCCGCUGGUCAGCAAGUGUCUGGCGCAGCUCAUCAACAAUCUGCUGGAGCGUGGCAUUGUGCAGCACGAACUGGUCCAUAUCAUUGGCUUUAGUCUCGGCGGGCAGGUGGCCGGACAGACCUCCAACUAUCUGAAGCGCAAGCCCAAACGCAUCACGGGACUGGAUCCGGCCAAGCCACUGUUUAUACUGAGCAGCGAAUCGCGUCGCCUGGAUGCGAGUGAUGCAGAGUUCGUUGAUGUCAUACACACGGAUACGCUGGGGCGUGGCAUGAUGCGGCCCAUGGGACAUGUGGAUUUCUAUCCGAAUUUCGGACCGCUGCAGCCUGGCUGCCUAGAGGAGAAUCCCAACGAUCCGGGCAGCUGCAAUCACGAGCGUGCGCCACGCUUCUAUGCCGAGUCCAUCAAUUCCACAUUGGGUUUCUGGGGUCGCCAGUGCUCCAGCUGGCUAAUCUAUCUCUUUGGCCUGUGCUCCACACGCGCCGCCCAAGCCCUGAUGGGCUACCAAGUCUCGGAGAACAUGACGGGCAACUACUUUCUGAAGGCAGGCAGUGCUCCGCCCUAUGCCAUGGGCAAGCCAGAGGAGCCGGACAAUAGCAAAUAUGUGGCCAAGUUCCGAUUGAGUGCCAAGCACAAUGAGAUCGAGCAUGAUUACGAACCGGAACUAAGCGAUCCCAUACCAGAGCUGGAGGACAACGAUGUGGACACUGAUGAGCUCGAGAAACAAUUGAUCUGGCAGGAGGCACUAGAUGAGCCUCUCUUUUAGGCCAGCUU